AUGUACUCACCCAACUCGAUUCAGACACAUGUCAAGCUUGCAGAUGGGUCAUCAGCCAUUAUUAACGGCUUUGGUUAUGUUAUUCUUAGCCUAAGUAUUAUAUUGCAGUUAAUGCUCAAUGUGCCGAAAUUAUGUUUCAAUCUAAUUUUUGUUCAGAAGUUGACUCAUGAUUUAAAGUGUCAGGCCAUGUUCACUUACUCUAAGUGCUUGUUUCAGGACUUGAUAAUGGGAACGACGAUUGGCAGUGCUGAUUGCUUUGAAGGGCUCUACUACUUCAGAGAACCAAGUCUAAGAAAUAAACAAGUUCUCCAGCGACAAAUGGUUCAAAGAGGAGUGGAGCCACCACAGCCUCAACAGCAAAGUCAUAAAUCCAUUUCGUCCUUAGGUAUUAAACAAUUUACCCUUGUGCCUCAAGAUAAUAUUAAUAUUCUUGAUCUCCCUAUUGCACUUAGGAAGGGUGUGAAAUCGUGUACUCAACAUCCAAUUGCUCGAUGUGUUGGUUAUAGUCAUUUAUCUUUAGCAGUUCAAACCUUAGCUCCCAGUCUGGAAGCCAAUGAGGUACCAAAAUCCAUUCAAGAGGCUGUGAGCAAUCCACAGUGGAAAAAUAUGGUAGAUGAUGAAAUGAAAGGCUUUGAAGCUUAA